AAUCGUAAUCCGGCAGGUCGGAGCGCAGAUAGAUAGGUUUCACCCCCAAAUAGAGAGGGAGAGAGAUUCAGAGUGUUUUGGCGGAAUUGUAGAUUUGGGGUUUUUGAUGGCGGACUCGAAUGAGACUGAUCGUGGCCUUAGUCUGGAUCGUCUAGUGGAUGAUCAUCGUGAUGUUGAUCGAGAGCUUCCAUCUUCUUGCAUUAGCUGCUCGAUUUGCUUGGAUUCGGUGGAAGACAAUGGAGUUAGAUCCACGGCUAAGCUGCAAUGCGGUCAUGGAUUCCAUCUCGACUGUAUUGGUUCAGCAUUUAAUAUGAAGGGGGCAAUGCAAUGCCCUAAUUGUCGAAAAGUUGAGAGAGGCCAAUGGCUGUACGCAACUGGGCCAGUUCAAUCACUUCCUGAGUUGAGCAUGGAUAACUUGAUUGCUGGUGAAGAUGUCUAUGAUCUAAGCUACUCUGAAAUGCCAUUUCGAGUUCAUUGGUGCCCAUUGGGUGAUUUAGCACAACUUGGUUCAUCAUUUGAGGAAGUGGAGACUCCAUCGACCAUGUUUCAAAACGUGCAGGGACAUCCUCCAAUAUUUGCUGAUCAGGCGGCUAUAUCAUCCGUGGCUCACUCAUAUGUCACAUAUGUUGCUCCAAUCCCACCCACAUCCUCUGGACCUAUUGAUACUGUUGCAGAUUCCUACUCCAGUCGUCCUUGGAAUGGUGCAUCCAGACGCAGUGAGAUCUUUAAUCUCCUUGCAUCUCCUGCUUUAACUAGCCAAUACCAUGGUUGGAGCAGUUAUUCCACUCCUCUGCCCCUCUCUGGUGGCCAUAGCACGGAUGCUGAUAGAAAUCCUGUCCCACCUUUAACAUUGAGAUCUUCAACGGGGGGAGUUGAAACUGUGACAAUGCCCAGGGCAUUAACACAACCAUUUGUCUUUCAUCAUGGGUCCGGUCCUAGAGGUGGGAGCUCACUUGCCACACCAACCAUUCCUUGUCACUCUGUUGGCAGUGUUCAGAACAGUGAAAGCAACCAUGUAUUCCAUCCCUUUCCUUAUCAGCAGCAGUCUAACCAUCCUCAGGGCAUGCCCUCACUUCAAGGCCAUGGCCAUGGCAUCAGAAGGUUUGAUGUUCCAAGGAGCACGACUAUGGCAGUGCCAGCACCUCCACAUCAUGACCAUAAUGGUGGCUUCUAUAUGGUUCCUCCAAGUUUAUCUGCCCAUAAUCCUCAUGAAGCAGGUUUUCUUUUAUCAAAUCAUCUCUCUCGUUUUCCGAACCCCUCAAUUGAUAGGGACGGAGGUUCGGGACCAUUUCAUCACAUUCCUGGUCACUUUUCCAGAAACAGAACUGGCAGUGGUUGGCCAAGACGCUAAUCUUAGAAUCCAGGGCUUAAUAUUGUCUUGUGUGCAGGCUUGAAUUGCGUACAACAGUUAUGCUUCCAUUGGGGGCAUUCAGUUAUUGCUUCCAUUUGCAGGAUUUCUUUUCCUCCGUGACUCCAGCAUCUGCCUGGAAUGAAAUACUACAAUUUAAAUUUGAUAAGCUGUUGUACAAACUGUAAAUUUUGGUAUGUUAUGUGGGCUCAAUUGUUUUGUUUAAAUUGUAUCUCAUAAGAGAUGUAAAUACCUCAUUCUAUUACUCAAAUCAUUUUGUUGAACUUUCUUCUCA